AUAAAAGGCAGGGGCGGCGCGCAAUGGUAUAAACUGUAUGAGCCUCAUACCAUUUUAUUUCCAAAAAAACCUUUAAAUUCAUCGGCUCGUUCGCCCGUUUUGUACUGCAUUUGAGGCAGUAGCGGAGGCGCAUUGCGUGUUCAAUAUUUAUUCAAAUGUUAACAUCAACGAAAGUUUGUGUUUGACUUGUUCCGACAAAAGACUGUUAAUUGCCUUCUAAUCCGUUAAUGAAUCAUAUUCUAUAGUACCGUUGAUAGCAAUUGAAUCUCGAGGGCAGUUAUGGCCAUGGUAUUAGUUUCUCACUUCUCAUACCGUGAUGUCAUUAAACUUUUGUCUAAGUGGCCCUGCCCUACGUCGGGGCCUUUUGUCAUCCUCACAUUAAACAAAGCGACUUGUACAUCAUGGUAUAAACUUUGGAUUUCUCAUACCGUGGCCAGUCUAACCAUUUUAUUUCAACACAACGCUAAUCUUUCCCUUGCUCGCAUCAAUAUACUGUGUCUUAACAAUAUGGAUCGGGUCUUAGGAAGUGAGUACCGUUGGGGAGUUUCAAAUAUUUUCUCAAUUUUGUCAACUCAAAGAAGUUUAACUCACGAACAGCGGCUUCGCCUAAAAACAGACGGAAGACCAUGUCCAAAAGUUACCGUGAAAUACGUAUCGAGUGACACUGCAUAUCAGAAAUUUCCGUGGAUUUGUGGAGACGUAGAGAGGAAUACCUACUUUUGUUGGCCAUGUCUCGUCAUGGGUGAAUUAUCAAAGAUGCAAGGUGUUUCCUUUGUGAAAGAGUCUGGAUUUGUAUCAGCUGGUCAAAAUCUUUCAAAUCUCGCUAAGCGUCACGAGAAGUCUAAGAUGCACACAGUCAACUACACUGCUUACCAGCUCUUGGGUAAUGUCGACGUAGCAUGUGCUUUGGAUGAAGCAAGGCAACGGGAUGUCGUACGACACAAUCACAGUGCUACACGUCUUUCAAAGAUGCUAUAUCAUCAUAUUGAUAUUGCUGUUUUAUUAGCUGCUCAGGGCCUUGCAUUUCGUGCUCACGAUGAAUCUAAAUUAUCAUCAAACAGAGGAAAUUUUUUAGAGCUCUUGGAAUUACUUGGAGCUUACAGCCACGAACUUCGUUUAUUCUUAGACAAAGACCACAUUACAUACACAUCCCAUGAACCACAAAAUGAGCUGAUAGAAUGUAUUUUUAAAGAAGUUCAACAGGAGAUCCAAAAACGCAUCGACAGCUCAAAAUAUGUCGCCGUGAUGAUGGAUGACACAACUGACAUUAGCAAUGUCGAGCAAUCUGCGGUAUCUGUGCGGCUUGUUCAUAACGGUGAAGUUGAAGAGCAUAUGCUAGGCAUGAUCGAUGCUUCCAAUGAUCAGUCAGCCGAUGCUCUUGCCAAAAUUAUGAUGUCGACGUUGGAAAAAUACAAUUUGGAGCCAGCGACAAGUAAAUAUAAGCUCAUUGGUCAGUCGUACGAUGGGGCCCCUACAAUGAGCGGGCAACUUAACGGUGUCCAAAAGCAAAUACAGCAACAUUACCCAGCAGCCUAUUAUAAUCACUGCGUUGCUCAUAGGUUAUCCCUUUGCGCAGCACAGUCCGCGAUGAAAAUCGCAAAAGUUGCCAAGUUUUUUGGCACAGCCGACAAGCUUGUUGGCUUUUUCAGAAGCAGUCCGAAGCGCACAAGACUUGUCGGGCUUAAUCUUCCAAAACCUGGAGAUACACGGUGGCUGUCACGUGAUACUGCAACAAGUGUCAUUGACAUCCACUACGAAACGAUAGGGCAGUCCUAUAUGAAAUUUCAAGAAGUAGAAGCAAGAAAGCCGACACACAAAGUACAGCCAGGGGCCUUUGCAUUCAAAUGCAACAAGUCGAAUUCGUCUUUCUGCUCAAGCUUUACCGAAAGAUAUUUGAGCAAUGCACGCCAGUCAUGACCAUCAUGCAGAAGCCAACGCUAGAUGCCGUACAGCUAAGAUCGAUGGUUGAUGACUUUCAACGUUCACUUGUUUCUUUAAAUCUCGACCAAGUAUGGGAAGAGACAAUCCAGGCUGACCCAGAUUUUCCAGUUAUGCGUGAGAGAACUGGGUGGAGGGGAAUAGAGAAUGGAAAUGAUGGCUCGCAAGAAAGCUGGAAGGCUUCAUUACAAACCCUUGCAUUGACCAUCACAGCGAAGUUUUCGGAGCAGCUGAGCUGGCGUUUUGGAAACCUUGAAAAAUUCAGAUGGAUGGAUCUCAUCCAUCCAACAAAAUUCAGCGAAAGAAGAAACGCGACAGCUAAUGAGCAAAAAGCUUUGAUUGUAGAGCUGCACAAAUUGUACCCAUUUGCAGUUCAAGAUGUGAUAGCAACAGAAAAUAAUCUGUCUGUCCUUUAUAACAGCAGUGAGAUAUCACUCCUUUUGCAGAAAGUUGUCCGAGAACGGGAUACAAUCCAUGCAGCUAAAAAGGAACGCCAAGCACGGCUGCAACAAAAAGUCGAAGAGGCUAGCGACAAAACAGUCGAAAAAAGAUCUAACGUGGGUGAAUCCAUUGGUGCAAUUGAUGUAGAGGAAAGUGACGAAUUUGAAUUGGAACCAAAUUUGGAAAUAGAAAUUGAUUCUGUAAAAGAGGGCUCACCAAGUAUUCAAGAUCUCUUAUCUGUUAUCAAGAAGGCAACACUUGAGGAGGCUCUUCCUCAGGCAAUGGCACUGCUAGAGCUUGCAGCUACAACUCCACUUACCAGUGUCCAUUGCGAGAGGAUUUUUAGUCGAAUGAAGCGAGUUGUAGCACCUUCAAGGUCAAGCAUGCAACAAAAAAGAAAAGAAAUGCUUGUUAUUUUGCAAGUAGAGCACAAGCUUUUACGGUGGCUCACCAGACAGCCUUUUUUUAAAGACAAUGUUGUUGCUAGAUUUAAAUCGUUCAACCGGCGUAGAUUCGAAAGAUUUUCAAAAAAAUAAAAAGGAAGCUUAUUAUUUAGCAUUUAAAAUAUUAUAUGAAAUAUUAUAGCCUGUAUUUUAAGUAGUUUAUCCUUUCAUAGACAUGAGGUAGAAAUCAUUUUCUCAUCGGGGUAAUUUCUGAAUUUGUAAGCUGUUUCAAAAUCAAUUUUUGUAUAGACCAAAUUAAUAGAGUGCUUCCCAUGCAAUGUGU